AUGUGGAAGUCCUACAAUGCCUCCUGCUCUGGAGAAAUGCAGAAGACUCCACUGUAUGUGUUUCUCUAUGUGUGUGCUGCAGGAGUCGUGCUACUGACAGUGUGUGGAAACAUGCUGGUGAUCAUCUCCAUCUCCCACUUCAAGGAACUCCACACACCGACCAACUUCUUCGUCUUCUCCCUGGCUCUAGCCGACCUUCUCAUUGGAGUUAUGGUGAUGCCUUUCGCCUUCAGUGUGUUCAUAGAAACAAACUGGGUAUUCAGCAAAGCGUUUUGCUUAUCUUCCAGCGUAACUGCAUUUUCCCUGACGUGUGUCUCAAUUUAUAACGUUGCUUUCAUUGCUGUGGAUCGCUUUUUGGUUCUGUCUGACCCUUUUUUCUACUCCAGCAAAAUUACAGUCAAUUUAACGUUGUGUGUCAUAUUUUCUAUCUGGUUCUUCUCAUUCAUUUAUAAUGCCUUUUUGGUUUUAUUCAAUAAAAAUGACAUUAAAGUCUCAGUUGUAAAUAAUAACUCAGUUGAGGAAAAUUUGCAUUGCCCUGUAAAAUGUUCUGUAGAAAUUAAUUAUUCUUCAGCUUUUGUUGAUUUAAUAUUAGUAUUUAUUUUUCCAUGCUGCACUAUGAUAUUUCUGUACAUAAGAAUAUUUGCCCUAGUAAACGUACAUGCAAAUGCCAUAAGAUCUACUGCCAAAAAGGAAUAUUUAAUGGAUUCAAGGAAAAGGAAAUUAUCCAUGGCAUCAGAACGAAAAGCUGCGAAAACACUUGGGAUUCUAGUAGGUGUCUUUGUUCUGUGUAUGAUACCAAGUUGUAGGAACAAGACACAAUGA